GCAAGCGAGCCAGGCCUAGGGCCGCGGCGGCGAUGCAGCGACGGCGGCGCCCUCCGCCGCCAGCUUCUCAGCUGCCCGAGGGCUGCGGGGGAGGCGGCGGCGGCCGCGGCGGGAGCGAGGAGGUGGAAGUGCAGUUCUCCGCCGGGCGUUUGGCCUCGGCCGCGGCGGUUUCGGCGGCGGCGACGGCCGCGCGCAGCACGGAGGAGGAGGAGGAGCGGCUCGAGCGCGAGCACUUCUGGAAGAUCAUUAAUGCCUUCCGCUACUACGGCACCAGUAUGCAUGAGCGAGUGAACCGAACAGAAAGACAAUUUCGAUCACUUCCAGAUAAUCAACAGAAACUACUUCCUCAGUUUCUUCUUCACUUGGACAAGAUUCGGAAAUGCAUUGAUCAUAAUCAAGAAAUACUACUGACCAUUGUGAAUGAUUGCAUACAUAUGUUUGAAAAUAAAGAAUAUGGAGAAGAUGGGAAUGGAAAGAUUAUGCCAGCAUCAACAUUUGACAUGGAUAAGUUAAAAUCUACACUGAAACAGUUUGUGAGAGACUGGAGUGAGACUGGGAAAGCAGAGAGGGAAGCCUGCUACCAACCAAUCAUUAAAGAAAUUUUAAAAAAUUUUCCGAAAGAAAGAUGGGAUCCUUCUAAAGUAAAUAUUCUGGUACCUGGUGCUGGACUAGGAAGACUGGCCUGGGAAAUAGCUAUGCUAGGUUAUGCUUGUCAAGGAAAUGAAUGGAGUUUUUUUAUGCUCUUUUCUUCCAACUUUGUACUCAACAGAUGUUCUGAAAUUAAUAAAUAUAAGCUUUAUCCCUGGAUCCAUCAGUUUAGCAAUAACCGGAGGUCAGCUGAUCAGAUUCGACCCAUCUUUUUCCCUGAUGUUGAUCCCCACAGUCUUCCUCCUGGUUCUAAUUUUUCUAUGACAGCAGGAGAUUUUCAGGAGAUCUACUCAGAAUGCAAUACCUGGGACUGUAUUGCUACCUGUUUCUUCAUAGACACAGCUCACAAUGUUAUUGAUUAUAUUGACACAAUAUGGAAAAUACUCAAGCCAGGUGGAAUUUGGAUAAAUCUAGGUCCUCUGCUGUACCACUUUGAAAAUUUGGCAAAUGAACUUUCCAUAGAAUUGAGCUAUGAAGAUAUAAAAAACGUCGUUCUGCAGUAUGGAUUCCAGGUGGAGGUGGAAAAAGAAUCUGUCUUGUCAACAUAUACUGUGAAUGAUCUCUCCAUGAUGAAAUACUACUAUGAAUGUGUCUUGUUUGUGGUCCGUAAACCACAGUAACGUUCUCAAGUGGUAUCAGCAGAAAAAAGUUUGAUAAGAGCAAAUGCUGAAAUAAACAACUCAAAAUCAACUAUCCCAAUGACAGGACACAACCUCAAA